CAGAUCGCUUACCCUUCCUCCAUUUCUUCUCCUAUCUUCUUCUUCUUCUUCUUCCUCCUCUUCAACUUCAUCUCUUCGAGGUAAUCGCGAAAGCCCUAGGGCGAUCUCCUGCAACCUUGCUCUAUCUCAGGGCUUUACAAAUGGCGUCGAAGCGGAUCUUGAAGGAACUCAAGGAUUUGCAGAAGGAUCCUCCUACGUCUUGCAGCGCAGGUCCUGUUGCUGAAGACAUGUUUCACUGGCAAGCAACGAUUAUGGGUCCUCCAGACAGUCCCUAUGCCGGGGGUGUUUUCCUCGUUACCAUCCAUUUCCCCCCGGAUUAUCCCUUUAAGCCACCCAAGGUGGCAUUUAGAACAAAGGUGUUCCACCCAAACAUAAACAGCAAUGGAAGCAUUUGCCUUGAUAUCUUGAAGGAGCAGUGGAGCCCUGCUCUAACUAUCUCGAAGGUGUUGCUUUCAAUCUGCUCUCUUUUGACGGACCCAAAUCCCGAUGAUCCAUUGGUGCCGGAGAUUGCUCACAUGUACAAGACGGACAGAAACAAGUACGAGACAACUGCGAGGAGCUGGACCCAGAAAUAUGCCAUGGGCUAAAGGAAACAUGGUAUGUGCGAUGGAGGGAAACCUAUUAUCUCUGAGUAUUUAGCCUUGUAGCCCCAAGGAUGAAAUGUUCUUCCAUCACUUGAAUCUUGACAUUGUCUACGCAAGAGGUCCAUUAGCCUAUAUUGGUUGAAAAAUGAAAGAAACACCGGCUAUUUUUUAAUCAAUUGUUUGUAAUUGUGAUAUUUGGAACAAUACGUGUUGCAUAGAACUAAUGAACUAUCCUUGUUUAUUUUUCAGUUAAAAAGAUAACAAAUUUAUCAUA